CGGAUGAAGCACCCGGAAAGGGAAACGUCAGCUAAAUGAAAUGAAGUUGUGUUUAUGAACAUCUGGGGGGAUAAACCGCUGCAUACGUUUUGUGAGCCGCAGGAUCGUGAGGCAUCAACCUUUGAAUGUGCAUAUUUCUUUAAAAAAGCUAAACAGUAUUCCAAAGAAACAUGAAUGACUUUGCAGUUCUCAACACGGGCCGGAAGAUGCCGCUCCUAGGACUGGGAACAUGGAAAAGUGAAACAGGAAAGGUAAAGCAAGCAGUGAUUUGGGCCUUGCAGGCGGGCUAUCGCCACAUUGACUGCGCUGUCAUCUAUGGCAAUGAGGUGGAGAUCGGAGAAGCUCUGCAGGAGACGCUAGGCUCUGGCAAGACCAUUUGCAUGCGGCAGGCCCUGAGACGAGAGGACGUGUUUGUGACAUCCAAGCUGUGGAACACUCGACACCACCCAGAGGAUGUGGAGCCCUCACUGCUGAAGACUCUCAAGGACCUGAAGCUGGAGUACCUGGACCUCUACCUCAUCCACUGGCCCUACGGCUUCCAACGGGGAGACGCUCCAUUCCCUAGAAGCGAGGAUGGCACCCUGCUGUAUGACAACAUUGACUAUAAGCUGACCUGGGCUGCCAUGGAGAAACUGGUGGAGAAGGGUCUGGUCCGCGCCAUCGGCUUGUCCAACUUCAACAGCCGCCAGAUAGAUGACGUCCUUUCCAUCGCCAACAUCAAACCCACAGUCCUUCAGGUGGAGAGCCACCCGUACCUGAACCAGGUGGAGCUUCUGGCCCACUGUCGGGAGCGAGGACUGGUGCUGACGGCCUACAGCCCCCUGGGCUCCCCGGACCGGGCGUGGAAACACCCGGACGAACCCGUGCUGCUAGAAGAGCCGGUCAUAGCUGCUCUGGCCCAGAAGUACAGCAAGUCCCAUGCUCAGAUCAUCCUGAGGUGGCAAACACAGAGAGGAGUGGUGACGAUCCCCAAGAGUGUGACAGAGUCUCGCAUCAAAGAAAACAUCGAGAUAUUUGACUUCAGCCUCGAAGUAGAAGAGAUUAAGAGCAUAACCGACCUGCACCGGGACUGGCGAUACAUUGUACCAACUAUCACAGUGGAUGGGAAGAGUGUGCCCCGGGAUGCAAAGCACCCCCACUACCCUUUCAACGAUCCCUACUGAACACACUCAUCACCCCGCCAACCGCUUCUGUGCCUUGGAAACCAUGGAACUGCAAUCCCAUCAUGCAACACUUUCUAUCUAAUCAAUUAGCUGCGCCGCCACCACCACUACAAGUUAACCACAUUUGGGAUUUAACUAGGCAUUUUUUAAAAGCUGUCUUAUCUGAGUAGUGUCUUAUGCAUUGCACUUAUAAUCAAUUGAAAGUACUCAGUAAAGUGUAUAUGUCUUAUGAGUGUCGACAUGUUAUUUUGUAAUAAAGUUUUUUGUUACCUCCCUCA